AUGCCUCCACAGAUCAAACAAGAUAUCAACCGGUCAGGAUGGGAGACCACAGACUUUCCAUCCGUGUGCGAACAAUGUCUCCCCGAAAACCCUUACGUCCAGAUGCUCAAGGAAGACUAUGCCGCCGAAUGUAAAAUCUGCACUCGACCCAUGACUGUCUUUCGAUGGAAGGCGGAUCGGACGUCUCGAACGAAGGCGACAAAUAUAUGCCUGACGUGCGCGCGACUAAAGAACUGCUGCCAGUGCUGCAUGCUGGAUCUUUCUUUCGGUCUACCUAUCGUUGUUCGAGAUGCGGCUUUGAAGAUGGUUGCUCCGGGCCCACAAAGCUCAAUCAACAGAGAGUAUUAUGCGCAGGAACACGAAAAGGAACUGGAGGAAGGCAGGGGAGCUGUUGAGGAAUAUGAAAAGACGGACGAGAAAGCACGAGAGCUGCUACGGCGCCUGGCCAACAGUGAACCAUACUACAAGAGACAGAGGAGGUUAGAGGCCAGUGGAGAGGCCAGCAGCUCCAGGGCGGCUGCAGGAGAAGGGCAACGAUCAUCUGAACCGGAGAAGAUAGGGUAUGGACCCGGCCCGGGUCCUGUGCGGACAAGUGACUUGCGUCGCGGCGCCGGUCGAGGUAGAGGCGGUGGCCGAGGCCGUGGAACACGCCCAUACCCCCCAGUAUCUCAACGACCUCCAGGGCCACAGGACAUCGAACCACCCGCAGACCCCAAUAUCACUUCCUUAUUCAUUACCGGAGUGGAAGACGAUCUCCCCGAACAUGCUCUCCGCACAUUCUUUACCCCCUUUGGUACCAUAAGAUCGCUCGUCUGCUCGCAUAGAUCACAUUGUGCGUUCAUUAAUUUUGCGUCACGGGAAUCAGCAGAAGCAGCGGCAGCCAAGUGUCAGGGCGUUGCGGUGGUUCAGGGGUGUCCCCUUCGAGUUCAAUGGGGAAAGCCUCGCCCGUUGGAUAACAUGGAGAGAGACGAACGGAUACAGAACGCGCGUCAGGGAAGACAAACAGUUGCAGCCGUCAAGGGUGGAGGAAGAAAGGCAAUUACUCAGGGUUCAUCCGCACAAGAGGGAGACGGAGAGUCAGAUAUCAAGACUAGUGAUCAAAGUUACGCCGUGGCACCGCCGCCUGGCCGUGGAGAGGUCCAGUACGCAAGCAUGGCUGGAGAUUGA